GGAAAACGUUGCGCAGGUUCUAAAGCGGGGCGGGGGGAGGGGGCGUGGGAGGGGGAGCGGCGGGCAAGGGCCGCCAACGGCUGCCAAACGGCCGCCGACGGGUACCACCGGCCCCGGCGUCCUCCCCGGCCAUGGAGCUGUCGGCUAUCGGGGAGCAGGUGUUCGCGGUGGAGAGCAUCCGCAAGAAGCGUGUGCGGAAGGGUAAAGUAGAAUACCUGGUGAAGUGGAAAGGAUGGCCCCCGAAAUACAGUACAUGGGAGCCAGAAGAUCAUAUCUUGGAUCCUCGCCUGGUAGUGGCUUACGAAGAAAAGGAAGAGAGAGACCGUGCUUCAGGGUACAGAAAAAGAGGCCCCAAACCAAAGCGCCUCCUACUGCAGCGGCUGUAUGGCAUGGACUUGAGGAGUGCCCACAAGGGAAAGGAAAAGCUCUGUUUCUCUCUUGCACGGAGGUUUGGAGGAGGAGACAGUAGCCUGCCAGGGGCCAAGACAGGGCAGGCAGAGUUCUCAGAGAAGACUGGGGGAACAGUCCUACCAUUCUCUCUCCGGAAGCAACGCAAAAACCAGAAGUACUUGCGACUGUCAAGGAAGAAGUUCCCCCGCAUGGCAAGCCUGGAGAACCGAAACUGCAGGCAUGAGUUCUUCUUGAAUGACACGGUAGACCUGGAGGCCCGGCAAAGCCCUGAGGACUGGGAGGCCAUGCAGCACACCAGCAAAGAAGCAGAUGUGGAUGGCAAUCUCCCUUGGAUUCCCACUGUGCCCCCCAGCGAAGUGACAGUGACAGACAUCACGGCAAACUCCAUUACCGUCACUUUCAGAGAAGCACAAGUGGCUGAGGGCUUCUUCCGAGACCGGAGUGCGCAGUUCUGAAUCUCCAUUUUCAGUGCUCCCCAAAUCUAGUGCUUUUAGGGUGGGGCUAGGGAGGGGUUGCUUUAUCCCUUAAGAAAAAAAAACCCAGAUGUCUAAAAAUGUUUACAGAGACCUUUCUUUCUUCUCCUUUUCCCCCUUUCAGAUACGCAAAAAAAAAAAAAAAGGCAGCAUAGGGGGUGUGUGUUUGUCAUCGCUUUGUCCAUCUGAAAAACUGACAGCCCCUUCCCUGGCAAAUACUCCCCUCCUGGAUGUCAAAGCAGCAAGCUGAACAAUUUGGCUUUUGUGCUGCUAAAUGGCAGCAGCUGCAUUUGUGGGGAGAGGGCAUGUGGAGGUGGAAAGAGAGCUAGGUCUCUAGCCUGCUGCCUUGUUCUGCAAUUGAUACCCCUUGGAUAAAAAUAUUUCUCUGUGCAUUGCUCUUCCCACCUUCCUCCUCCCUCUCUUCAUGCAGCACUGAGAGACGAUGGAUCCUACCUGUGUAGAUAACUCCAGCCUGUUAAGACUUUCUCUCCAGUGCUGUUUUCCCUGGGGCCUGCUGUCAGGACUUCAGAACCGUAUUUGCCUGUCUGUGGUAAGUAAGGCUGUGCAGCACAGCAGGUCCGUGUAGACAGGAGAGGUUUCUCUGAUUGUUGAUCAUCCAGGAAAGACUGAAAUGCAUCUCUGAAAUCUAAAUUGGCUAACUGAAUUCAAUUUACCCUCGUUAAAAGCCCAGAAACCCUGCAUAGUCGAGGCAUACCACUCUGUCUAUGCUAAACAACAUUUCCAGGCUCGUCUGUGAUGUGUGAGAAACAUGUUAUGAAAAGUGGGGCGUUCCUAUCCUCUGCCAAAUUCUGGCUUAAUGGGAAAUGCUGCCCUGAAUCUGUGGUGAUAGUUGGUUGAAAUCUGACUCUCUUUCCCUGGAAGGAGGGGGCUAAUAAGACAACUGAAGCAUUGCCUGGCACUGCAGAGAUAUUCAGGAUACUGGCACAGGCCCAGGACACAGGAAUUGGACAGAACUGAGCUAGAAAUGGACCUUGAUUAGCAGCAAAUUCUGUUCUUGGAUGCCAUUGGGAGAUCCAAGUUAAACAACAUGCGGAGAAGGCAUGCAGUAGAGUAGAAGGGGGUGGGGUGGGGGUGGGGGAAUCAUAAUUCUUAGCAAGGAGAAUUCUUGGAUUGUACUGUCUGAGUAAUAUUCUUCCAUGACUCCAGUCUCCUCACAGUAUCUGUGAUCCUGUACUUCUUUACUGAUGGAAACUUCCCCUUGGAAGGCUUAAAACUUUGCCAAGGAAAGUGGUCUGCAUUUCAAUAGACCCUGCCUGAUCUUGCACUUAAAAAUGCCUCAUGCUGGACUGCCUGUGAUGCUUUGAGGUAUUUGAAGAAAUGCUGUAUUUUGAGUUGGUAGUUUAGCAUAGCAUCUGUUCCUGCACAUGCAUAUUCUCUUCCAUUUUCUUGAAAUCAAGUUUUAUUUAAGUAACUUUAAAUUUUAAAUACAAACAUUUUCCUAUGGAAAGCAAGAAAAGUAAGCUACGGUCUGAGGUGGAGACUGCCAGAGAGAGCUGCAGGGUAACAUUGGCUGUCACGAUUACCAUCCUUAACUUCUUUGUUCCCUCUCCCCACUCCACACAAAGCAUUUCUUUCCCACUGUAUUUAUUCUGUAUGAAACUAUGAGCCUUUUGAGCUCUGAGGUAUAGACGCCUGCGGAAUUCGGCAGUGUGCAGCAGUUCCUUUGAAGGGCUUUGCCUGCUGGCCUACAGAGUUUGGGAGCUCUGGGACUUCUGGUCAUCCAAACAUCUGCUUUUUGCAAAGUGCUUGGGCUGCCCUCUGAAGCUUUUAAUAAAAGUCGGUUUUACCUCAGAUAGGAUGUGACAGGGCAGUGCAGACUUGAGAUUUCCUUUUCCAUCUCAAAGCUGUUUUAAGUAGGCCAAUCUUCCACUGUGUCACAUCGGUUUCAGGACCAUGGGGAAGAUCCUGAAUUUCUGAACUAACCCUCUGUCUCCCAAAUAAGUGACAUGGAAGUUUAAUUAUGGAGAAAUAAGGAUGAGAAGUGAAGGGAGGAGAGUUAUGUGGUGGAAGGAAGAGUGAGCAAGAAAGAAGCUUAGAACAGAUAGCAAGGGCAAACUGAUGAGGUAAGCAUACAGGCCCAGGAUGUCUGUUGAAUGUGGGUGUCUGGAGCAAGGCUUCCAAAUCUGGAAUUGUAUCACAUAAAUAGGUUUGCUCUUUUCUGCAGUGUGUGAGGUUGUGUGUUGUCAUUCACACUGUCACACCCUACACACGCACGCUGCCCUCUUCUUGACAUUUGCCAAAUGGGCAGAAUACGUUCAUCUUCCUUCUUAUUGUGACCCGUGGGCAUUCUGUAUGGCUGAGUCUGCUCACCGGGGUUGCAGUAAGUUGGGUAGUCACAGUUACAGAAGCACAACAUUUGGGCUCAUCUGGGGAAAAUUCUUGAACUCCAGCUCACCCUGCUGAAUCUUCAUGGCAUUUAUGGGAUCUGUUUUCUUUAAUGCAGCUACUGCCACCGUUGUCCUGUCUUCAUCUCAUUGUACAAGUACACCAAAACCCUUCCUACUUGUUAAGGUUCCUGUCAUCAGCUGACAUUGGAAGCAGUGCCAGUCCUGUAGCAGAGAAGAGUUUAUCAUAGUAAACAAGUUCUCCAUCCUCUGCUUUUUCUUCCACUCACCAGCUGAGACUUCUCAGUGUUUUGUUUUGGCAUUUCUCCUUCAGCAUCUUUUCUUUCUCUUGCAGUAGAGUUUUCAAAAAACCUGUGGUGCUCUUUCAGAGAGGGUACACCCACAGCUUCAUCUCUUAAUCAUGCUUGGAUCAGGCUAGCGUUUUUUGUGGUGACUAAUCACCUGACUACAUGGAGUGUUGAACAAGGUACUUGGCUCCCGUGCUGCUUUACGUACAGGUCAGUUAGGAGUUAACCACCAGGUUAAGGUGCAGCAGGUUGCAUGUGUGUGGGUUUAGUUUGUGUGUGUGAGGAAGAGUUUGUGGUAGGAAACUAAGCAGUUACUGUGGAGCGUUCUGUUUUUGUUUUGGGUUUUUUUUGCUUUUGGGAUUUAUUUUUUUUUUACAUUCACGAAUUCAAUAUUAAAAAUCCAUUCAAUACUUUUCUUCUGGGCUUUUUAAUACUCUUCCAUAGUGUCUGGUGACAUACCAUUGUAGAUUUCCUUGGUGGAGCUGGUCUUCAAGGACUUUAACUUUAGUCCACUUCUGCAGGUGUAGAGAUGUAUGGGGCUUUUUUACUUUUGAUGGCAGUAAGGCUCCUCUGGGUUCACUUUUCUCCCAAAUCCUGUCCAUCUUCAGGUUCAACCCCCAAUCUGGAUAUUGAGCUGGAACUUACAGAGCUAACAUAUGAGAAUCGGAUGCUGUGCUCAGAGCUUUGUUACACAUUCCAUUUGAUUAGGAGAGCCAGAAUAGCAUCCAGCUGAAGCAGAGUUUAAUAACUCCAUUCAAAGCACAAGCUGAGAAUAGAAAUGGGCUAACUCUCCCAUACCUCAUUUGGCUUCAUAGCUGUAAACAAGGAAAACAAACUUCAGCCAGUAGAACUUAGUGAACUGUGCACAAGAAACAAACUUCUCAAGGAAGAACUGUUCUAACAGUUGUUCUUCAGAACUGUUCCAAUGUGAGAAUGACCAGCUGCGUUUAGGGGACAGAAGUUUAUAUUUCGUAAGUCUUCUCACAGUAACUUCACUGUAUAUGAUGUGAGAGGACUGAGGGACUUCAUGAGAUUAGAAAACCUUUAUUGUUAACUCUGGUUUAAAAAAAAAAAAAACUGAGAAGGACUGCCUCUGUUCCUGGCUGGUUACAAACUAGAUGUUGUUGCUCAGAUAUGUAAGUGAUGCCUCGGAACAGCAAGUUUUAACACGUAAAUAGUGGCAUUAAGUAGCCUUGUAGCUCCUGCAUGCUCCUUUAUUGUCUUGCCUUAGCUUGGGGGCCUUUUUGCUUGUGAAGUCAGACCAAGGUAUUUAUUUUAUUUUCUCUUUCUUUUUCAAGCACAGCCAGGGUAUUAUUAUGAGAACACCCAGAUGCCAUUCUGUUGUCCAAAAUAAGCUUAAAUUUGUUGGUGAACUGACCCUUGCUUAUGUCAGAGCCUCAUACAGCAAGAAGCUUAUUGAGAAAGGAAUGGCUCUUUUUGUUGUUGUUGUUAGUGUUGUGAAACUAUCCAGAAUUGUUCUCUUGGUGUUUUGUGACUGAAUGUAUAAAAUUGUUUGUUUGCCUCACAGGGAGCCAGUGGCCCCAGUGCUGUUUCCUGCUCUGUGGCAGCCAGUGUUGUUUGAUGGUUUCACUGGAAUAGAGGGGGGAGGGCUCACACAGGUCAAAAAGUAGGCAGGGUAGCUCCUGCAAGACCUUCAGUGGUAGCCACAACAGAGGCUGGGGUGCGGAAGACAGCAGUGAGAGCUGUUAGCCACAUCCAUGCAUUUGAGCAAAGCUGAAUCUGCCAUUGCCUCCCCACCCCUUCCUCUCCUCUCGGGUUUUCUGAAGUAAGGAAAGUGGGGAAAACAACUCUUUCUAAAGCUAAAUGGUAUCAGCUCCUCCCUUGCUUGCCUGCAGCAUGAGAAGAAGAGAGCUGUUGGACUUUCUAGGAAAAAAAAAAAGGGGGGGGUGCAGGAAGAGAGGGAAGGAGGUGCCUCCGGUUUGUUCUUGCUAGGUUGUGAAGGGCAGGCCUUUGCGUGAGCAACUGAGAGUGAAGAUGCAAUGUAAGUUCUUUGCUCUUGUAAUGAAACUCAAGGGCAAAAACCAUCAUGAUUUGAAAGAAAUGCUGAGGUGAUUAACCUGACUUUUUUUUUUUUGUAAUUGUUCGUUGAGGUGGGUGUUAAAUGCCAUCUGUCAGUUAACAGCAGCUAAAUGAAAGCAGCCUGCUCCUUAUAGGCCCUGUGUGCUUCUCACUUGGUUGUAGAUUUUCCUUAGUCUCAAGAAGAGUGGGAAAAUUAUAUGAUCGGGAUGGAGAAGAGGCAGUAGAAGAGACAAGUAGGGGAUGAAAUGAGGCUGUGUUCAGCCGCUGUUCUAAUGCAGUCCCUCCUGCUCCAAAACCUGCGAUCCCUCUCCUCAGCUCUGGUGUGUCAGUGCUUCAGGGCAGUUGGUGGGUGGAUGGCCCCCUCAGCGGGCCACGUGGAGAGGAGGUGCUGCCUUCGUGUCUCUCUUCUAUCAUUUGGAAAGCAACAGAGGUGUAUGUUAACAGCUUAUGUAAGGUAAUUUCUACAUGGAAGUAUAUAGCAUUAACAUGUACAAGUGAAGGGAGCAUGUCUCUUUUACUGUUUUUGAAACAGUUGUCUCCAAGGGCAUAGUAAACUUGUGUACUGUCUUGUGACAGUAGGUUAUGAUGAAGAGGCCCACUGAGUCUGACUGCAGUGGAGCUGUCUUUGCAGAGACAGCUUGAACCUUCUGGGUGUUGAACCACCCAUGUUCCAACCAGGCAGCUGGGAAUGCCCGUGAAACUGUUGAAGGGAGAAGCGAUCUCUUAGAAUGGAACUCAGACUUCUCAAAUACUUUCCUGCAACAAGUACUUCAUGAAGUGAUGAUCCUUCCUUUCCUCUUCCAGUGCACCCUUAAUUUCUUUAAGUACGGUGGCUUAUCAGGGCGUGGGCCAGGGGUGAUCCCCAGCUAACUGGGAUGCGUGCGGAGGAGCGGAGCUCAGUGGGAGUUGGUAAUGGCUGUUAGGCUCAAGAUGGAUGCCUACCAAGAGCGUGUGGGUAGAAACUACUGCUGGAAUUGCUUCCGUUUGCUGUGGGACACCCUGCAAACCCUUCAGGGGUUCUUGUCUGAAACACGCCCUGGUGAUGUCUGAGAGCACCAACUGGGUGUUGAAGGGGAGAGCUUAUAAGACUGUUCAGAACCUCUAUCAGCUUAUCUUGUUACUGGGAUAGCUGUUUUGACUGGGAGGGGGAUUUCAGAGGAAGUGGAAAGACUUGGUUUUAUUUUAUUUUUAACUAGAAAACGUAGUGUCAGCACAAAGAAGCUCUCUGCAAGUCUGUCAAAACGUUAAGCAGCUUUUUUUUUUGCUUUUAGUCUGAAGCAUGUUUUGAAGCACUUUGAAAAUGCAAAGCACUAGGAGUGCAAAGUACUCCUUGUCGUCUGCCUGAAAGUGGCAUUUGAAAUGCAUUUUAAAGGCAUUUGAAAAGAUGUAUCUGUUUCAGGUCGCUAGCUGCCCCUUAUUUUUUUUUCCAGAGCUGCCACCCAGCCCUUUGCUUCCCUCCCAUGGCUGAAGGGAGAGUUUUCUCAGCUAUGCUGAGUGGAGGAGGCUAACCAAGGGGGGGGAGGGGAGGCUCACAGCAUCCCUAACAUGCCCUGUGUGCUGGCUUCCUCCCCACCACCUCUUUUAUCUGAGGAAAGGGAGAAAAGGAGGAAGUUCAGUUGCAGUGGUCCUAGCCUGGAACUGCGACUGUUUCUUCCAGCUCUGGAGACAUCUUUAUAUUCGGCCUGAAGAAUUGCACCUUAUGAGUCUGGUUGAGGAAUGGGGAGGUACCUGUCCUCUCGCAGGGAGUGUGGAGACGAAGGAAGGGUGAACCAGAAGCUGUCUUCAGUAAAUGCUAGGUUUUUCUGGAGGCUGUUUCCUCACCUUAUCUCCAACAGAAUAGCAACAAAAUAAAUCAUCCAAAUGAAGCUUUUAUUCUGCAUAUGUAAAGAACCUUUUGGGCAGGCUAGGAUGAGAGACUCUUCUUCCUUCCUUGCCGAGCAAGCUCUGCAGUCAGAGGAACCUCAGUUCUCUCCUGGGGUCUCCAGCCUUCCCCUCAGCUUAGACACACCACUUGGACUCUUUGCACACUGACUCAUCUAACGUGAUCUGCGUCCCUUCUGCUGGGGAGCAGAUGGGGUCGACUGGGAGAGAGGGUCCCUGGUUCUUGUUCUUGUCUCUUCAGUUGUUGCUGUUGUUCCUGUCAGCACGCUAGAGUAUGAGAGUCUUUGCACACAGAAAGCUUCCUUUUGCACAGAAUGAGCUUCUAGCUUUUGUACAGACUAAUUGAAUGUAUUUGGGGGGUGGGGGGGUGGGAAUAGGCCGUAAACCGAUUCCAAAUGAACCAAUCAGAGUAUAAUGCCUUGUCUGAGCGAGUGUGUGCUGUAAGCAGAGGUUGUAAUAGCGAAGGGAGGGCAGGCUCAAGUAUAAUUUGACACAAAGUGUGGUUUUAUUUUUGUACUGAUAUGGAUAAGAGACUGUACAGCAUCUAUUUAUUUAGAUGAUUUAUGUGGUAAAUGUUGCAAACAAAAUUAUUAAAAUAUUAAAUAUGAAAACUGACAUUUGC